AUGAAAAAGCUAGAGAAAAUUUAUUAUGAACCAAUGCACGCGGCCUCUUUUUCUGGAGCAGCAAAAUUAUUGCGUGAAACAAAAAAAUCAAUACCCAAAAACAAAACAAUUGCCUGGCUGGAAAGUCAAGAUGCAUAUACAUUGCAUAGGCCUUUACGUCGCCAAUAUCCUAGACGUUUUUACAAUCUGUAUAAUAUCGAUGAUGUAUGGGAGGCAGAUAUCGUAGAUCUACGUGCAAUUAAAAAUUAUAAUGAUAAUUACGCUUAUUUACUUGUUGUUAUUGACGUUUUAAGCAAAUUUGCUUGGAUUGAAAAACUACGUGAUAAAACAAGUACUAGUGUUGCUAGGGGUUUAGCACAUAUACUGGCCCGUAGUAAUGGUAGACGACCUAUUGUUGUACAAACAGAUCGUGGUAAAGAAUUUGUGGGGUCUGCCAAACAGCUUUUUUUAAAAAACGCAAAAAUUGGUUUUCGAGUGGCCCGUAAUCCAGAUGUGAAAGCUGCAGUUGUUGAAAGAUUUAACAGGACAUUAAAGGAGCGUAUAUGGCGAUAUUUCACUUAUGCAAGAAAUAAGCGAUAUAUCGAUGUACUAAAUAACAUUGUUGAUGCGUACAAUUGUUCGUAUCAUAGCGGUAUUAAAAUGGUCCCGCAAGAUGUAACAUUGAACAAUGCAAGAUUUGCUCGAUCAAAUCUCGCACGUAGAUAUGACAAUAAACGCGCCCGUGCUCCUAAAUACAAGAUCGGUGAUCUGGUGCGAAUCAGUAGUAGUAAAGCAGCGUUCGCGAAAGAUUAUGAAGGCGGCUGUAGCAAAGAAAUAUUUCUUAUAAUACGCAUUUCCACACAUCCACAACCACCUGUAUAUUUUUUAAGAGACCUUCAUGGUGAAGAUAUCGACGGCAUUUUUUAUGAAGAAGAAUUGAGCAGGAUCCGGCAAGAUUAUGCAAAGACCGAUCUUAUGGUUGAAAGAAUAAUUCGUAGUAAAGGACGAGGCAGUGCAAGACAUGAAAAGACUUUGGUGAAAAUAAAAAAUUUUAUCAAUGAACCGCCUGAAGAAGAAGAGGCGUUAAAAAUGGGUUUAGAACAUCAUAUAGUACCACAAGGACUGUAUCAGACAAUUGACGAUCUUAUCGAAACAGUAAACAAAACAACGCUGAAGAAACAUUUAAUUUUUACAUUAAAUAGGUUUGGUUAUGUCACAGCACAACGUUCGUGUACAGAUUGUAUGGCUAUAACACAUGGUUUUCGCCUAUCGCCAACUCUGGCUCAAAUAUUCGGUUAUGAAACUCAAUGUCAUAUAUUGGCUGGUGAUGUGCAAACACCUCUACUUCGCACAGUACCUCUAGAAUCGUAUGUUUAUGGUUCGGUUAAGUAUAAAAGUUUUGCAACAGCUAAAUAUAUACCGCUAAUACACACUGCUUUGCAAACAAUCGAGAUUGAUAUAAGAGAUGAGUUUGGACAACCUAUACCAUUCGAAUAUGGUACAUUGACUGUAACACUACAUUUUAAGAGAUUAGACUAA